CUCCUCGGCGGGUUAGAGCCGCCCCUCGGUGCUGACCCCCCCGCCGUGCUGCAGUUCCCACCUCUUGUUCUGUGGUGCCCGGAAGAGGACACGUUACUCCAGACUUGGCCUCCCCAGUGCCUGGUAGAGAGGAAGGAUCACCUUCCUCCUGCUGCAGCCCAGGAUGCUGCUGCUGGCCUCUGUCACAAGGGUGCAUCGAUGGCCUAGGAGGCUGUGGCCUAAUGCUCAGUUGGAAGAUCAGAUCCAUCCUCUUCAAGUGUUGGAGACAGUUAGAAAGAGGCGUUCUUGCAUUUGGAUGGCUCUUUUCUAAAAUGCACCAUUGCCAAGACAGCAGUCUUGGUUCAUGCAACCUGUGAGUACUCUAGAAAUAAUAAGGAAUGGCAAGAAAGACCAGUGUGUGACUGCUCUACCUUGGAAACAUCACUAUUGAAUCAGCAGACCCAUGAGCUCCUUGGAGUACAAAGCAGGCUUAAGAUGCUGAGCCGUUUGUCAGGUUUAGCAAGUACUGUUUUACAAGAGCUGUCUGGGGAGGAUGGAGAUGCAGUUACUGAACCAUCUAUUGCUGUAGAAGCUUUGAAGUCAGAAGCAGAAAGCAUGGAGGAGGCACCUGAGGAGCUGUUGGAGCGCCUAGCCCAAACAGAAAAGCUAGUUGUUCAGCUGAAAGAUUUGAUUCGAGAAAAGGAUGCCCUGCUCCAGGAAAAAGAAACUGUGUUCAAGAAAGAGCAAGAGGCCGCGGAUGCCAAGCUGAUGAAACUUAAACUUCAAGCCAAAGCCAAACUUGCCUCUCUGAACAAACGCAUCGAGGAGCUGACAGAGAAAGGAUCACCACUGCCUACACAGUGUCAGAAAUAUGAAAAUACAAGUGAAGGGCACAGAGAGGAAGUGGAAGUACUGAAAAAGCAGCUCAGGGAGCAAGAGGAGACUGUUCAGGACCUGAAGAAACAGCUGGCUGUAGCCAAAGUGAAUCUAAAAGAUGCUGAAAUCAAGUAUUCAACACAGCUGAGUUCCCUGCAGGAAGUGAUUCGAGAGAAGGAAGCUCUCCUGGAAGAGCAUGUGCACCAGCAUCAAGCUGAAUUGCUCAAGAUGGUGGUCCAGUCAGAUACGGAAGUAGAGAUGCAACAGAACCUGCACACACUUCAGAGAAAGCUCGAGGAGCAGGAAGCAGCUCUGUUAGGACGAACUCAGGUGGUAGAACUGCUGCAGCAGGAGUUACACACUGCUGAAAAACAAAACCAGACGCUCCUAGAUCGGUGCCAGAAGAUGGAAGUGGAACUAAGCUCCAUGAGGGAUGUGUUAGAUGCAGAGAGACGAGGGUCUCAGGAUCUCAGGGAGAAGAUGGAGCUGGAGCUAGCAGAGAGGAAGCUGUCUUCCCAUCGCUUGCAGGAGGAGGUGCAGUGUCUCUCAGAACAGCUGGAGGAGGCAAGAAGAGCACAAGCUGAGCUAGAGGUGAAGUAUAAAGGCCUGGAACAGGAGCAUAGACUGGAGGUGGAAGAGAAAAACCAUCUGCUCGGUCGUCUCACGGUGGCUGAAGAAGAGCUGCGAUGUGGCUGUGCUCUCCGUGGGGCUGAGAAGGAGCAGCUGGAGCAGGACGUUGGCCAGCUCCCAGUGCCAUCUGUGGGACAUGGAGCUGCAGCACACGGACCACGGGAUGAACUUCUACAGAAAUUUGAAGAAUUUGUCUGCUGUCAGGACGAGCUGAAAUCCCAGCCACAAGUGCAGCUCUCUGAAGUGAAGCAGCAGGAUGAAUCAGCUUCACCAGAAAAAAUAGUAGAUCAGGAAGACCAGAAUGAGACUUCAUUCCUACCCACGGAAAACUUGGAAAGACAGAAGACAGAAGAAAUACCACAUUUGCAACUUGUUCUCCAGGAGUCUCAGCAGGAAGCUGUGAUGGUCGCAGAAGAUGCAAAACAGGCAAGAACAGAUGGCUUUACCAAUAGAAGCAAGCAGUUUACUGAGGAAAGUUGUCCACCUGGAAUUCUAGACUAUAUUGCUGCAGAGAAACAGAAGGAGCUGUCAGUUUUGCUGCUGGAACUGAAAGAAGCCCAAGAAGAAAUAACUUUUCUGAAAAGCCAGCUCAAGGGCCCUAGUGGCCAAACUUGUACAGGCAGCCAAACAGAAGCUAACCAGCUGGAAGAGAAUUCACAGAUACAGUGUCUGGAGAGGGAGGAGCAGAAGGCUUCAGAUACACAGAGUGUCUCAUUACCGAGAGAAACAGAAAUGCAGCAAAUUGGCUUUCUUCAGGAAAAUGGAAUCAGCUUUCAAGAAGAGCCUCAGGGAAGCCCUGGCACCUCUCAGUCUCAAGAGCUGAUCGAGUUACAAAACCAAAUUACAGAACUGCAAAUAAUUCUGCAGAAAUCAGAAGAAUCCUUUAGGAAAGAGCUAGGAGAAAAAUGUGCAGAAAUAAAUAGGCUAAACCAGGUGGCUGAGGAAUACCGGAAAAAAGGAGAGGAUCCUGACAGUACAUUUUGUGUUUUGACUGAAGAACAAGAUCAGCUCUUGUGUCAGGCCAAACAACUUUCCACCAUAACGGAACUGAAGGAGCAAGUGAAGCAACUGGAGGAAGAGCUAGCUCUUUCAGAAAAGCAGAGACUGUCAGACAGUCAAAGCAGCCUUCUAAGAGAGCAAAUCCAGAGCCUUAAAAAUGAAUUUAAAUCCAAGGAUAUAAAAAUUGAAGCUUUGCAAAAGGACUUGGAUGAAGCACAACUUCAGCUUUCUGACCAGGACAUGCAACUAAAGGAUCUGAGAAGCCAGGUUGAGAAAAAGGAAUGUGAAGUACUUGAUCUAGGACAACUUUUGAGGAAGAAUACAGCAGAGAUGCAAGAGCUUUCCCACAAGUUAACCUUAAAGGGACACGAGGCAGCAGGCCUGGAACAGCUUGUUGCUGAGCACACCAGGUCUAUAGAGAGCCUAAAACAAGCCUUGCAGGAAAAGGACCAACAGAUGGCAGAGAUCAGUGUCAGCAUGUCUGAGAAAAUGGUCCUCCUGAAUGAAGAGAAAUUUUCUCUAGGAAAUGAGCUGAAGAGUCUUAAGGAGCAGACAAGUCUGUUAUUAAAAGCCCAGGAAGAAAAAGAACAGAACAUAGGAGUAAAAGAUACAUGUCUGAAGUGUGGGGUAUCCAAGCAGCAAAAUGAGACAGAGGCAGUGAGUAAAGAAAGUGACAAAUUAGUAAAUCAAGUUGAACUUCUGAGAAAAGAAAAUGAGCAAGUAAAGCGGAAGCUGCAAGCAGUACUUGUGAACAGGAAGGACCUUCUGAAGAAGGUAACCAGAUUGGAGAAUGAAUUGGAACAACUGAGUAGAGAACAAAAAUCAGAAACCUCAGUGGCUCAGGCAGCUGCAGGGGAGGAAGAUGUGAGAAGCAUGAUCAGCAAAGAAAUGGGUCUUGAAAACCAGCCCCGUGAGGACUAUCUAAUUCAGCUGCUUUCUGAAAAGGAAUCUGAGUUGCAGAGCAUCCGGAAGGAAAAAGAAACUACUGAAGCACAACUGCAGGCAGUGAUUGAGGAAAUGAGGCAAAGCUUCCAAGAUAAGACAAACACUGCUUCAGGUAAAGAUGAAGUCAUGGAGCAUCAGACAAUUACUGACAAAGUAACUGAAACUAAUGAAAGCCCAGAAGAUGAUGAAGGAAAUGAGAAACAUAGUUCAGCAGAUACCAGUCUGGAAGAAAAACAAAAGUCUGCUCUUAAAGAAAGGAUUUCAGUUCUUGAACAAGAAAAAGAACAACUUCAAAAAAAACUUCAAGAAGCUCUCGUAUCUCGCAAAGACACUAUAAAAAAGGCUCAAGAAAAAGACAGGCAUCACAGAGAACAACUGAAACAGCAAAAAGAUGAUUACAACAUCCUGCAAGAACAAUUUGAUCAGCAAAGCAAAGAGAAAGACAGCAUCCAGGCUCAGCUCAGACAGCUCCAAGAGCAGAAAGGAUCAGCAGAGAGUGUUUUCAGGAGUCAAGGUAGGUUGGAUUCUUCAUGCAUGGAAGCAGAAGAUACAACAAAUAACAAGCUUGUACAAGUUGAAGAUAUUUCUGAGGAAGAGUGGAAAAAACACCUUGACAAAUUGCAGACAGAGAAAUUGGAAUGUAAUGUCAGCCAUAUGCAAAGGGAGCUUGCCCACAAAUCCGAAUUAAUCUUUGAUUUGCAACAGCACAUAGCACAGUUGUUUGUAGAGAUAGAAGGGCUGAAGAGAACCUCUGACCAAGCUGAAGCUAUGGGAGCAAGUCUUCAGACAGAAUUGGAGGAGACUCGAGGAAAAAAUUCUGGAGUGGCCAGUUUGGAAGACUUGAAAGUUCUUGUACAUCAAAAGGAUGAAGAAAUUGAAUUUCUUAACCAGCAGUUAAAGGAGAAAAGUGACGCUCUCAAUAACAUGCAGGCACAAUUGCUGGAAAAAGAGGAAUCGGUCCAAAGACUGUGUAGUCAGUUGGAGGCUCAGGCUCAGGUGCACGAGGAGCAAAGCAAGCGACUACAAACACAGAUGCUUGAAAUUCAGGAGAAGCAAGAGGACAGUGCAGAAGCAGCUAAGCAGAAGAAUCAAAUGCAGAGGAAAUUGCAAGCAGCACUUAUCUCUAGAAAAGAGGCACUAAAGGAGAGCAAAUCGCUAAAAGAAGAGCUGGCUAAUGCUAAAAUUACUAUUGACAAUCUUUCUGUCAAGCUGACAAAUAUGGAAAGCCAAAUAUGUGGCCAUGUUAAAGAAACAGAUACUUUAACAGAAAAGUUAGCGUGCCUCACUGGAGAGCGAGAAAAUCUUACUGCAGAAAUUGAUAAACUACUUAGAGAAAAUCAGAAUCUUGAUGGAUGCUGUAAAAACCUUACACUUAGUCUGGAUAGAGUUGUUCUAGAGAAGGAGAAGCUGGAGAAGGAGGUGGAAUCAUUGAAGAGUUUUCAAGCCACUGAGAGUUCUGAGUGGGAGGAGAAAUACAAGGAGCUUCAGGGAGAAUAUGAAACUCUGCUGCAGUCAUAUGAGAAUGUGAGUGAUGAGGCUGAGCGAAUUCAGCGUGUGUUGGAAACUGUUAGGCAGGAAAAGCAGGAAGUUUUCAUUCAGCUAAAAGGGGCUGAAGCAAAAAAACAGGAAACAGAUAAGCAGCUACAAGAAGCUGAACAGGAAAUUGAUGAAAUGAAGGAGAAAAUGAGGAAAUUUGCAAAAUCAAAGCAACAAAAGAUCCUGGAACUAGAGGAGGAGAACGAGAAGCUUAGAGCAGAGGUGCAUUUGACAGAUGGAGAGCUGCACAGGACUGGAGAGAGCUUUACAAACACUAGCCUGAAAGAAGAGUUGGAGUGCUCUAGGAGGGACUGCCAGUCUCUUUCUACUCAGCUUGAGACAGUAGUGGCUGAAAAGGAGUCUCUUAAUCAAGAGAUCGUGGACUUGAAGUGCCUUUUGCAGGUAACAGAAUCUAAGCUGAAGGAAAGCAGAGAACUUGUAGACAGGUAUGUUGCCCAGCAGACAGCGGGGGAAGAAACUAAUAAGGCAGUUGCCACACCAUCACCAAAGGAAGAGUCUGAAAAUCAAGUGGACUUAUCUUUUCGACCAGAGCCUCCUGCUGCAGAGCUGGAACAAGAGGCAUUUGAAAGUGAUAGACCUUGCGAGGAUCCUGGUCUCUACAGACAGCAAAUAGCUGAGCUCACCAAGCGAAUCACAGAGAUGGAAGAUAAUAGAAGGGCUUCAGAGCAACAGCUGGGUGACAUCCGCAGGUGUGUUGAGACUUUAGCAGGUGAGAAAAGGGCUUUAGAGCACCAGAUGGGAGAGAAAGUCCUUGAAGUGAAUGAUCUGCAGGCUACAGUAGUAAAGAUGGAGCAAAUGGUCCAAGAAGCCAGAGACGACCUCAUCAGAAUGACAGCACUGAAGGAUGCUCUAGAGGCUGAAAAGGAUGACUUGGAAGAAAGGCUCAUGAAUCAGCUGGCAGAACUUAAUGGAAGUAUUGGAAACUAUCAGCAAGAUGCAACAGACUUCCAAAUCAAAAAUGAUCAACUGAAACAUGAGCUUCAGAGUUUGCAGAGAAUGAUGCAUGAACUGGAGGAGGAGAAAAGUCAGAUGGCAAAGGAGCAAAGCAAAGCAAGUUCAGAAAAGCAGAAGGAAUUUGUAGAAAAGCUAAAAUACAAUUGGAGAGGAGAAAGCAGCACACAUAUAAAGGAGCUUCAAGAACUGCUGAAACAGAAACAGCAGGAGAUUAAGCAGCUGCAGAAGGACUGCAUCAAAAGCCAGGAAAAGAACAGUAGUUUAGAAAGAACUGUUAAAGCUCUGGAAUUUCUGCAGAGUGAGACUCAAAAAGAGGUAGAAGCAGCCAAAGAAACUUCAGCUAAAGCAGCUGAAGACACCAAGAAAGCCCAGGCAGAGCUUUCUCACUGCAGAGUAGUGUUGGAUGACACUCAGAGUGAGGCAGCAAGGGUUUUAGCUGAGAGUAUCAAAGUGAAAGAAGAGUUGCAAGCAAACAAAGAGCAAAUGAAAAUUCAAAUGAAGAAAAAGGAUGAGGACUUUGAGAGAAGACUGGAACAGGAAAAAGACAAGCACUCAAAGGAGAUCAAAAACAUGGAAGCAAAGCUGGCAACAUUGCAGAGGGAGAAGGACCAUAUGGAAACAAUAGUUGGUGAUCUACAAGACUCCUUGAAGACAAAGGAUCAAGAAGCCAAGCAACUGGAAGGCAGUCUAAACAAAACACUAGCCCAGCUUGCAGCCUUCACCAGGAGCAUGUCUUCCCUUCAGGAUGAUAGGGAUAGAGUGAUAGAUGAAUCAAAAACAUGGGAGAAGAAAUUCACUGAAACUAUUCAAAAGAAGGAAGAAGAAAUACGUUCAAAAGAGGAAGCUUGUAUUGUGCUAGAGGACCAGGUGAAACACAUGACCAUGCGUGUGGAAGAACUCCAGACUCAUAUAUCCAGGCUGGAAUGCAACAAGAAAGACUGGGAGGCUGACUGCAGAAAGGAGAUUCAGCAUCAUCAAAAGACAUGUGAAAUGUUGCAGGAGGAAAAAAAAGAGCUUUUGACUCAGCUUGAAGAGUCGCAGGAACUGUACAGCAAGUCUCAGAAUGAGCAGCAGGAACUGGAGUCAGAAAUCAGUAGCCUAAGAGACCAGCUUGCUGACUUACAGAAUUCCCUCACCAAAUGUGAGCUAGCCAGGGAAGAGCUGGGGACUGUGGUCAAACAACAAGAGACGAGUAUCCAGAAUUUUAAACUCAACUGUGAGCAGCUUGAAGCUGACCUGCAGGCUUCCAAGGACCUAACAAAUAAGUUGCACGAAGAAACCAGUGCCAAAGAUCAAAAGAUCAUGAGUUUGUUGUCUGCCAAAGAAGAAGCAGUGAUGGCUGCUCUAGCUGAAUUACAGCAGCAACAUUCUGAAGAGAUGAAAGAGUUGGAGUGUAGGCUAAGUAAGGAGGAAGAUAGUAAAAAAGACUUGGAAAAUGAGAAGAACAAAUUUCUUGACAAACUCAGUCAUCUCACUGAAAAGAUGAAGAUAAGCAGAGAAGAAAGUAAGCAGCAGAAGGCACAGCUGGACUCAUUCACCAAGUCCAUGUCAUCUCUGCAGGACGACCGAGACCGCAUUCUGAGGGACUACAAGCAGCUUGAGGAACGCCAUCUUGUUAUAAUCUUGGAAAAAGACCAGCUGAUUCAAGAGGCUGCUGCUGAAAAUAACAAGCUCAAGGAAGAAAUGAGAAGUUUCCAUAGCCAGAUGGAUGACCUCAACUCUGAGAAUGCCAAGCUGAACGCAGAGUUGGUGCGGUACAGAGAAGACCUUAACCAAGUGAUUUCAAUAAAGGACUCCCAACAGAAGCAACUUCUCAAAAUACAGCUUCAGCGGAUCCAAACUCUGGAAAAUGAGAAGGCAACCAUAGAAACACAGCUGAAAGAGUCUGAGCAUACUCAGGAUGAUCUCAGGAAGUGCAUGGAAGCCUUAAGAGAGGAUAAAGUCAGUAUGUCUCAAGAGAUUGAAACUCUUACAUCCUCUCUGUCGCAGGUGCAGAGUGAGAUGGCAGCAUUGCAUGAGGGGAGUCCCAUCAUGGAGUGUCAAGCAGAACUGAAGGCUCGAGAGAAAGAAGUACAACAACUGAGUCAUGAGCUUUCCCUCUUCCAGAAAAGAAUAAGAGAACUUGAGGGAGAGCUAGAAUGUGUUCAGAGAGAUGCAGCCAAGAGAGUGGGAGAGGCUGAGGACAGGCUUCGGAAGGAAUUGAAGCACCUGCAUCAUGAUGCAGGGAUAAUGAGGAACGAAACCGAGACAGCUGAAGAGAGAGUAGCAGAGUUGGCACGGGACUUGAUGGAAAUGGAACAGAAAUUGCUUGAAGUCACAGAUGAAAACAAAGAUCUCAGAGCUCAAAUUCAGUCUUUUGGGAGGUCCAUGAGUUCUCUUCAGGAUAGCAGAGACCAGGCCAAUGAAGAGCUUCAUAUUUUGAAGCAGAAAUAUUCUGCAGACUUAGAGGAACAAAAGAGUCUAGUGCAGAGUCUUCAGAAACAGAUGACUCAGCUACAAGAGGAGCAACGUUCCACUGUCAGGGACCGAGAUACGGUCAGGUCUGAGCUGACAGAACUGCAGAAGGCUAUUGAUGAAAGAGGUCUCUUGGCCCAGAUUGAGGAACUUAGUCAGCAGCUCAGAGCUAAAGAUGAUGAGCUUCUCCACUUGUCUUUGGAAUUGAAAGGCUCUUCCAACCAAGUCAAAUCUUUCUCCAAGGCUAUGGCAAGCCUGCAGAAUGACCGAGACCGUCUGCUGAAUGAAUUGGACAAAACGCGUAAGAUUGAAGAAGUGAAACAACAAGCAGAAGGGAGCAUUUCCACCACUGCUUCAGAAGUGCAGAGUCUGAAGAAGGCACUGGCCUCCUUGCAGAGUGACAGAGACAGAGUAGUAAGAGAGCUGGAGAAUCUGCAGCAGCAAUACAUCCUGGUCGGGGUGGAAGCUGCUGAGAAUUCUCGCUUAAAGGCACAGCUACAGCAGUGGGAGCAAGAGGCAGACAAACAGCUUCGUCUACAAGAACAGCUGAGGCAGGAAGGAGUUGUGUACCAGCAGGAGCUCCAGCAGCUCAGACAGGAGAAGACCACCUGGGAAAAGCAGAGCAGCAGCAUGAAGGAGCAGUACCUCAUGGCCAUUGCAGAGAAGGACAAGCAGCUGAGCCAUUUACAAAGCAUCACACAGGAAAUGAGGCUGCCCUUCAGCAGGUCUCAAACAAUAGAGGAACAGCACCAAAGCAAGAUUUCUCCAGAAGUCCUGAAAGGGAACUUUUCAAGCCUAGAAGCAGAGAUGAAACACCUCCAGGCCCAGCUAAGUGAUAGUCUGAAAGAACUGCACCAGAAAGAGCUCAGAAUUCAGCAGUUAAACAGCAAGCUAUCUCAGGUUUUUGAGGAGAAAAAUGCCCUCUCCCUCCAGCUCCGAGGGAGCAGUCGGAGCACCUGUGAGAGCCAUCAGCACUACAGCGAGGUCCUGAACCGCUGCCUAGUGCUCGAGAGGCAGCUCCAGGAGCUGCAGGCUGCAGACAAGAGCAUGGAGCUGUUUGCAACAGACGCUGCUCCAGGAGCACCCCAAGAAAAGAAUGAGUCACAGAGAGGCACUUACACAUCUGAACUGCAGGAGCUGCAGCUGAGGUUAUCUGAAACAGAGCAUUUACAUAGCAGCACAAAGCAGGAUACGAAGUAUUUGGAGGAGCAGCUGGAGGAAGAACGGGACCGUCGUCUUGCUGCAGAGGAGGCGCUUUUUGCAGCGCAGGAUCAGAUCAGGAGGUUGCAGUCAAGUGAGUGGUCAUCUUCUUUAAGUGCCAGCAUUGAUAUGACUCCAGGUCACGAGCAGUCCUUGCUGAUCGACUCCAUGGAUAAUAAUUCCAGCAGAACCCGGAGUACUCCUGGACUACGACGCCUGUUACGCUCUCUCUUCCACUCCCGGGCCCACUUGCCCCUGCUAGUGGCCACGUAUCUGCUUGCUCUCCAUGUCCUGCUCUUCCUGUGCUUCACAGGCCACCUGUGAAUAGAAGUGACAGUUUUUCCUCGAGCCUCAGCCCUGUGCAUGCUGAGGGCCUGCAUGCCCUCACAGAAGGGCAGCACUUGCCCCAGCUGCAGCCUUUCCCAAACCAGCCCUGAAGCAGCAGCUGCACCCAGAACCUGCUGUCAGUGCUGGUGCUGGGGAACGGCUCCCAGGAGAUCUGCCCUUCCCUCGGUGUUUCUAUGUGAGUGGUUUGUCUUCUGAGCCAGGGCUGUGCUGCAAGCCUCAAGGCCAGCAUCUGUUCCUGUACCUGGAAGCAGUACCACUCCUUUUAGAUAGUAUUGUGCUGCACUAGGAAUAAGAAAAAUACUCUUGAGUUGCUGCAGUACUUCAGCACUUCUAAAACUGCACAGUCUUCCCCCUCUUCGGCUGAAUCCAUGAGUGGGGUUGGGGGAACACUGCAGCUGGAUAUAAAAGAAUUGUCUUCCCUUUCUUGCACCCCUUAGAUUUGCUCCAUGGCUCAGAGCUGUCUGAAAUACAUAUCCUAAGGAAGUUAUGGGCACUUUAAGGAAUGUGAAUUUUAAAAUCAUGUUUCCUGCUCAGUUGCAUCUCCUGUUGAAGAAGGGCCAAAAUUAUUGGCCAGUAUAUCUGGCCCUGGUGAGCAUUCCAUUUAAAAUCAGUCACGUGUCUGCCCUGACAAGCCUGUAAUAUAAUGCCAGUAAUUUAGUUACUUAAAAGGAAUAGGAAACAUGAAACCUUUUAGCUCUUAAGUUAAAAAUCCUCCUAUUUAUAGCAUUUGUGCACCUCUUAUGAUGGAAGGUGCUGCCUUACCUCUAAUAGAGCAGCCCUGCUCCUGCCUUCUCAUCCACUAAAUACUCAUUGCGAGACUGAACCUGCACAGGCUGUGUUGAAGGGGUCCUUAAUGUGCUGCAUGGGCCCAAAGCAAAUGCAGAAACUCAGAAAUAAACUCUCUCCCUUGUGCUGAGGAAGGAGCCUUCUGGUUUUAGAACCCUCUGGUGUAGAAAGCUGGUGCUGGUGUUUGGGCAUGUUUGGACCCUAAUCAAAAGAUGCAAAUGGACUGAAUCUUUUAUGAUAUAUGGAGAUAUGGAUAUAUUUCCAUAUGUUUUCUAAAAACCUCCUGAAUUUGAGACUGCCCUCUUCCAAAAGGAGAAUGUUGAAUGCAAAGGAAGUUAAGUGGCAUUCGCUGUCAGAUCCUGAGUGGUCGUUUCAUUCAGAGUACUGGCCAGGAGAAUCCUAUCUGCCUCUUAGUAGAGCAUUAACAGUCACAUUUUUCCCAUGGGAAAGAGGUAGUUCUUUUGAUAUUGCUGGUAAACUAAGCUGCUCUAGCCAGUGCAGAAAGCCUGUUUGAGGGUGGAUUGAUUUCACUGGUAGCUAAACCAGCUGAAUCUCUGGCAGGUCCAGAGCACUGGCACUAGAUAUCCUCUUGUGGACUGUCUGUGAUUAUCAGUGUGAACUUCCUCUAACUAUGUCAAAAUCAGUGACCAAAUGGUUUGUCUAUAGCUUCCUGGGGUAUGAACUCCUGUAUGUAUAAUAAAGUUUAUUUUUCAGAUGGA